GCGGCUUCAGUAGAGCGCCUCUCAAGCCUCGACGGAACACGCCCACCGACGCCUCCACGACGCGAAACUUUCUUGUGGCGAGUGACUUCGAACCUUUCCCCGCGGGUGUGCCUGGUGCCGCUGCGCACUCUGGGCUAUGAUGGCAGCCCACGAAAACACCAGCAGACAGUGCAGAUAGCAUAAUUGUGAGCCAUUUGGCUUCUGUUUUGUUAAAAAAGCAGAGCACCCGCCGGAGGCAAGAUGGCGCACCAGCUGGAGCAGCUGCUCACCUGCUGCAUCUGCCUGGACCGGUUCCGGAACCCGAAGCUGCUGCCAUGCCAGCACUCGGUGUGCAUGGAGCCUUGCAUGGAGGGCCUCGUCGACUACGUGCGUCGGCAGGUCAAGUGCCCAGAGUGCCGAGCCGAGCACAGGAUCCCUUACAACGGGGUCCAGGGCUUCCCCUCCAACGUCACGCUGCAAAGGUUCCUCGAAGCGCACAUCGAGAUCACUGGCGAGGCACCGGAUCCACAUACGGGCCAGUACAUGGAACGAUGUAAUGUGUGUAACGAAAAGAACUACCUGUCUGUGUGUGCCCAUUGCGAAAAGAAAAUAUGUGUUGACUGUAAGGCCGCUCAUCUGGACAUCCUCAAACGCGAAAUCGGCCGUAUCAACAAUCAGGUAAAGAGGGCAGCUCAUCGCCUGAACGACCAGCUCUCCAACGUAGAGAGAAACAUUUCCGCCCUCAAACAGAACACGGGCAGCGUCACGGAAGAAAUCGAAAAUAUUUGUGUUCGUUUGCAAAAAUCCCUUCGAGAUAGAUGUGAUUUUCUCAAGACAGAGCUUGAAAACUACUACCAAGCGGAGCUCCGUAACCUGACCAUCCUGAAGGAAGGUCUCGACCAGGAAGUGUCCAACAUCGGCUCCAACAUCGAGCUCGCCGAGAAACACAUGGACGACGACACGCCAUGGGACGACACGGAGCUCAUGGACGCCAAAGACAUUUUCCUCAAGACGAUGGAAUUCAUACGAAGCUUUGACUACGAGGCCGGGGACUACAGCAGAAGGGCGAGGUUCAACCCGCCGGACGACCUCAAUAAGUUGUCGACGCAGCUGAGCACCCUGGGGGACAUCACCUUCAGCACGGCCAACAAGAUGAACGACAGCUACUCCUCCGGGCCUUGCAUGGGCUCGGGGCUGAUGAAGAGCAAGAGCGACCACCGCCUCGCCGCGCAGUACCGAGACCAGGACGAUAGCUACGGCGGUUACACCACAGGCAGGACAUCGCCGCUUAUGCGCAGACGCUUCGGGGAGAGGAACGUCGAGAGGCACGACGAGGAUUCCUCGGCUGACUCUGGGCGGCGGCGGUUCCGGUCGCGGUUCAUGCGCAAAGAAGAAGACGAGGAGCGUUCGGUUCGCUUCUCCGAGGAGGACGGACCCAAGCGAAACCGCGUGAUCGACACCGAGGACGUCUCCCGCGGCCCUCUGUCGGGCAUCGUCAGGAUCACCGACUCGCCGCGGGUCAUGAAGCGCUUCCAGGAGCGCGACAUGAACAAGAACAAGAAGAAGGAAGAACCAGCCAAGCCAGCACAGAGCACGGCGCCGAAGCCCCCCGUCACCCCCCUGCAGCGCAAGCCCUCCCGCCAGACCAGCAACGAGGACGAGAUCGACAAGAUCAAGAAGCAGAACAAGGCGGCCGAGUCCACCUCCGGCUCCGGGGGCGCGACCGCCGCCACCCCAUCCGGCGCCUCCACCCCCAGCACGCCCACCACGCCCAAGCCCGCGGGCGAGCGCGUGUCCUCCAUCCGCGAGGACGAGCGCCAGAGCCGCAGCGACCGCACCUCCACCUCCCCGAGGUCGUCGGCAAACCACUCGCCGUCGUCGUCCGUCACGCGCGAGGACGACCGCCGCCGCGACUACAGCGCCUCGGGGGCCAAUGGCUCCACGCCGUCGCGCAAGACGAGCGUCGAUACGAGCGUGUCGCACCGCUCGUACCCCUUCAGCCGCUCGUCCUCCAACUCGUCCGUCGGAGACAAGGCCAGCGGCAACAGGAGCCCCCGGACGCUGGACGCCACCACGUACGAGCGCAAGCUGUCCCGCUCCAACAGCACCGACAGCAACUCCGGAGACGGAGCCGCGUCGCCGAAGAAGAACACGGGCGCCGCCUUCUCCACGGAGGAGCUGCGGAACCGCUUCAUGAGGACGGACCCGAAGCCGUCCACCUCGAAGCCCGACGCGUCGCGCUCGUCGAGUGCGGGCGGCGCGUCUCGCUUCUCAUCGCGUUUUUUAGGCCGAGCCGGUACUCCCUCAGUGGAGGCCUCGAAGGAAUCAGGGAAUGAGGACGACGACGACGAGGAGGAGGAGAGCAGCGAUGAUUCCGAGUCCGAGGAGAGCGAAGAGUCGUCUGAGGAGGAGGAGGAGGAGGAGGCAACAUCCGAAUACUCUCGCCCGGACGUUGGGCCAUUGCUGGGGCGCAGUGCCCAGGCUCGCGACGUAGCCAGUAGUUCUAGUUCUAGGAAUAACUGGGGCGACAGGAGCUCCUACACCUCGGUCCCUCCCAGCGGAGGCGACUCAGGGUACUCAAGCAGCAGCAGGUACGGCAGCAGCAGCGACAACAGCAACGGCAGUACCUCCUCCAGCAGGUAUGGGGCUUCAGCUUCCAGCAGCAGCACCGACUCUGGCCUGGGAAGUCACAGACGCCCCUCCUACAUGGAGACCAAAGCCCCGUCCAAGGAGAAGGACGACGACUUCGACUCCAAGUACCCCUUCGCCAGCAAGAUCCUGAGCCGCUCUCGGGCCAGCGUGCCCGAUGAGGAGUCCAAACAUCCCUUCCAGAGUCGCUUCCUGAACCGCUCCAAGAGCUCGGCUGUCCUGGGCCCUGACGACGAGGACUCGUCCUCGUCGCCCUCGCACGGCAGCAGCAGGGCUCGCUUCGAAGAGCUGAAGGAGCGCAGACAGCGGCUGGCGCGAAGCAAGAGCUCGGCGGGGCUUGAGGACGACGAGACGUCGUCAGCCGACACGUCCUCCGCCUCCGCCUACCGCCCGCGCUACGGCCGCACCGAACCCGAGACGUCGACGACAUCACGCACAUCUGCCUCGACCUCGGGGGCGUCCGGCGGCGGCGAGGAGGGAGGUUCCUCCUCGACGCAGCUCUCCAACUGGGCCCGGUACCUGAAGAACAAAUACGGCAACCGGUCUGGUACGGGCGAGAGCAGCACCCCCUCCGGGAGAAACACAAGCAUAGGCCUAGGCAGCAGCAGUAGCGGCCUAGGCAGCAGCACCAGUUCCACCGGUGCCGGGAGUUCACUUGGUAGCUCACGCACGAGCACGGGGUCCGCGUUGGGUGGCAGAGCCAUCUCGCGGUCCCGUUCCUCACACCUUCUUGGCCUCGCCAAAGAGGGAGAAUCUUCUGAAGACGAUUCAAAAAACGUGCACGCUACCCCUACUUCCCAACAAGCAGGUAUACUGGUUCCUACACAGUUCGGAAGUUUACAUAGGAGCCAGUACCUGCAGAAGCAGCGCCUCUUACUUAAGAUCGGGAGUAGGGGUAGUGAACCAGGAAAUUUUACAUGGCCAAGAGGCAUAGCUGUUGGACCUGACAACAGCAUAGUGGUUGCCGACUCGAGCAACCACCGCGUGCAGGUUUUUGACCAGCACGGCAAGUUUGUUAAAGAGUUUGGCUCCUACGGGAGCGCCGAAGGAGAAUUCGACUGCCUGGCAGGUGUGGCAGUCAACAGGAUCGGCCAAUUCAUUAUUGCCGAUCGCUACAACCAUAGAAUUCAAAUCUUCGAUCCGUCCGGCAUGUUCCUGCGCGCCUUCGGAAGCCAAGGCAGCGGCGACGGGCGGUUCUCUUACCCUUGGGGCGUGACCACCGACGCCCUCGGCUUCAUCUACGUGUGUGACAAGGAGAACCACCGCGUGCAGGUGUUCCAGUCCGACGGGUCCUUCGUCGGCAAAUUCGGUUCCAUGGGCAACAAACCCGCCCAGCUGGAGCACCCGCACUACAUCGCCGUGUCCUCCACCAACCGCGUCAUCGUGUCCGACUCCAACAACCACAGGAUACAGGUGUUCGACAUCAACGGCAAGGUCACCAACACCUUCGGAGCAGAAGGCAGCGCCGAAGGACAGUUCAAGUUCCCAAGGGGCGUGGCCGUGGACGACCAGGGCUACAUCUUCGUGGCGGACAGCGGCAACAACCGCAUCCAGAUCUUCCACCCCGACGGCGCUUUCCUCAGGGCCUUCGGCUGCUGGGGAUCAGGCGAGGGAGAGUUCAAGGGCCUGGAGGGUGUGGCAGUCAUGUCCAACGGCAACAUCCUCGUCUGCGACCGAGAGAACCACCGUGUGCAGGUCUUUUGAAAAGGUCACAAUACAAUUUUGGAGACAGGGAGCGUCGCGCCACGCCAGCCAAUGGGAACCAGCCUCCCCACCGCCAGCCAAUAGGAAAAAAAGGCCCACCAUCUUCGCCAUCUCCAGCCAAUAGGAAAAAAGCUUUACCACCGUCAGCCAAUGGGAGAAGAGGAACAGCGACGAAUGCCUGGAAUGUGGACAAGCCUUUCUUCUGUCAACCAACCACGAGAAGAAAUGGAAAACUUGUCCAUGACGUGUUGAAUAUAUAUAUAACCAAAUUCAUAAACACGCCAUUAAAUCUAUUCAAUGUAGUCUUUCAAAUUAGCAAGAGAAAAAAAUAAUAAAUUAGCUUGUCACUUUGUUCUGUAGAAACGCACACGUAAUAACGAUGAUGAUAAAGAAAAAAAUAAGAUAAAACUUCCAUAGUAAUAAUAAUAACAAUGAUAACAAUAACAACAAUCCUAAUGAUAAACAAACUUGCCAUUUGGUCAAAUUCCCGCUCGAAUGAAUCAGGUUGAGCGGAUUUUCGCUUCAAAUCCGCCAGAACCUCCCGCAGGAGAGCAAAUUUAGCAGCCAAGUCGAACGCAUCGAGAACCAUUUUCAGGGUGCGAAGCGGUAACGAGCGUGGGGCCAGGGUCGGGAUCUGCCUCACAGCUUGAGAACGAUCGUAGCAUCUCAUUCCAAAUGCCAUUAUAUAUUAUACGUAUAUGAUAAUGCCCCAUUUACGAUGAAGGUGAGCAAGGUAGUUCCAGCUCUGCGCCAGUAACUCCCGCUCGGUCCCAUGUUGUUUACCUGCUAUAUAUUGUGAUCGCUAGGUUACAGUGCGUCUGUGUGUAGUGUUGUGUACAUUAGAAUUUACUAUAAUCUGUUUGUACAUUUGCAUAAGUGCAGUUUUUAUGAAUAUAUGGAGUCAACAACGCUGAAAGAAUUUUGUUUUUGUUUCUUUUUUUUGGCAAACUUGAUGAAGAAAGACUUUGUAGAUCAGAGAGGUGCCAAAAUUUGAAUGUGUGGAAACUUAAAUCCUCUGUUUUUUGUGUUAAUUUUUUUUCUCUUUUUCUUUCUCAUCGAAGGCCAACAAGCCAACAAAGUAUUGGUUUUAUUUAUAUAUGAAUUUAACCUCUUUUUUAUUCAUACAUGUAUUUGAGUCACUCGUGAUCUAACUUUUUUUUUUGAAGGAACAUUGAGUGAAUACUUGUAUAUUUUUGCUUCUUUUUUAUUUUCAGACUUGUAAUUGUGACAUAAUUUCCUGCUGUAAUUACUGGCAUUCAUCACACAGUAUCUUGGACUUCUUUUAAUUAACCUCUUUAUCAUUCAUAGAUGCAUGCAGUCGUUUGAUUUCUUAGAAUGCUAUUAAUGAUGAUGAUACUGUAAUUAACUCAUUGUAUCUCACUAAGUUGCUUUAAUCUCGGCUAUUUGAAAUGCUUCAGUAAUGUCUAUAUGAUGAAAAAAAAAAUAUUUAAAAAAAAAUUUGGAAGUCAAAAUGUACAUGUACAAUAUGAACACUUUAGUAUAAUGUAAUCAAUAUUUAUACAAAGAUAUCAUAUGUAAUAUUUAAUGUUGAAUACAUAUCGUGGUUUGUAGAUCUAAUAAACAUUUUUUCUCUUUUCAUAUUUCUGUAAUUUUUAAGUUGCAUGAGCAUCGAUAUAUUUGUAGAGGAACUUUUCAUGUUGGAAAAAAUUGUUGCAAAAAAAUGACUGGAUUUUGUCAAGAAGAUUGUCAAGAACUUUCUAGAUCAACAUUGUCUAGAUUUCUUGCAAGACAGAUCUUCGAUUAAUAUAAAUAUUCCACCGGCUAAUGGCUUUAUUUUUAUUUUUCUCAUUUCUCUCUCUCUUAAAAUGAUGAUUUUUGGACCAAAUGCUAAAGACACACAGGACAUUGAGCCAUACCUUGUGGAGGGGAAGAAGAAGAGAGGGGAAAGGAGGAGGAAAGGAGGAAGGAGGGAGAGGAGAAGAGAGAAAAGGGUAGAAAGAAUAGGGGGAAGAAGAAGGGAAAAAGGAAGAAAAAUAGAGAAUGGGAAGAAUAAUGCAUAUAAAGAAAUAAAGAAAGAAACAACAAAUGAGAAAAUAUAGAACAGAAUUAAAAGAAAAAAAGAAAAUGUUGCACACAUAUUGCACCUUAUCCUCAUUGCAAGGUUGCGCUGUACUGUCACGUGUGUCUUCAGAGUUUCGGCCUUACCUGUCAAGUCAAGAGUAUUGUCAAGCUGUCCAUUUUUUUUCUCUCUCUCUCUCUUUUCUUUUUUAUCUGUUCCCUGAAUGAAAGAUCUCCAGUCUCCUUGUCUGAUCACAUUUUCCUAGAAGUUGAGAAAUAAACUGAUCAGUUGAGGUA